CAUGCAUAUUGCCUACUAAUAUUUGUGAUCACAGCUACACUCUUGGAACAAAAAUUAACCAAAUGCAAACCACAAUGAUCACAAAGUAUGUCUAUCUUUCUUCUAUUUUGUACUUGCCUUUCCUUUUUCAUUUGGUCUUUUCCCAAUUGCCCACAAAUCAAAUUAAUACCAUGAGAAGUGUCUACGAUAUGCUUCAAAAUAAUACUGGUACUUCUUUUGUAUGGAAUGGUAAUGAUAAAAUUUCAACCCCAUGUUCUUGGAGAGGUAUUUCUUGCAAUUCUGAUAAUUCUUCUAUAACCAAAGUGUCCUUUCCAUUGUUUUCUAUUUCUAGUUCUGAGUUUUUGCCUUUCAUUUGUCAAAUUAGUACUUUGGAGUCUCUUGAUGUUUCCCAAAACCAUUUAAGCUCUAUCACAAAUGAGUUCAUUACUAGUUGUGGGAGGAUUAGUGGGUUGAAAUUGUUGAACUUAAGUAGGAAUAAAUUGGAGGGUAUUUUGCCUAGUUUUACUGGUUUUGGAAAGUUGGAGUCUUUAGACUUUUCUCAUAAUAACUUGAAUGGGAAAGUUGAGUUGCAGUUGAGUGGAUUGAAUUCACUUAAGAGUUUGAACCUCAGUUAUAACCAAUUUAUUGGUUCAGUUCCUACUAGUCUUGGAAAGUUUAAUCUUUUGGAGGAACUUCAACUUUCUGCAAAUUCUUUUCAAGGUGAAUUUCCAACUCAAAUUUUGAAGUUUGGCAACUUAACUUUGAUUGACCUUACUCUAAACUACCUGUCUGGUGUAAUUCCUGAUAGAUUAGGAGAACUUUCCAAAUUGCAAGUCUUGAUCGUGUCAUCCAAUAUAUUGAAUGGCACAAUCCCACAAUCCCUUAUGAAUAUCAAAACACUGACGCGUUUUGCUGCGAAUCUGAAUGGUUUUGUUGGAAGUAUACCAAUUGGUUUAACCAAGAACCUGAGAAAUUUGGACCUAAGUUUUAACGAUUUAAAUGGUACAAUUCCUCAGGACCUGUUAUCUCCACGGAACUUGCAGUUUGUUGAUCUCACUUCCAAUAAUUUGGAGGGACCUGUUCCUUCGAACAUGUCGGUGAAUUUGAUCAGGUUGAGGUUGGGGCAAAAUGAUUUGAAUGGGUCAUUUCCAUCUGCUUCCUUUGGGAGCCUUCAAAGUUUGACCUACUUGGAGCUGGACAACAACCAUCUAAGUGGACCAAUUCCUUCUAAAUUGGGAAAGUGCCAAAAAUUGGCCCUUUUGAACUUAGCUCGAAACAAGCUGAGUGGUCCUAUUCCUGUAGAGUUGGCUGAUAUUUCUAAUCUUCAGGUACUGAGUCUUCAGAUCAAUAACCUAGUUGGUGAAAUUCCAAGCAACAUUUCACAGUUGAACCGAUUGCAGAGGCUCAAUAUCAGCUGGAAUUCAUUGACUGGUUCCAUACCGAGUUCGUUAUCAAGUUUGAUAAGUCUUACAAACUUGAACUUGCAAGGGAAUAAACUAAGUGGUCAAAUUCCGUUCGACAUUAGUAAUUUAUAUCACCUGUUAGAACUCCAACUUGGAGGGAACCAACUUGGUGGGCCUAUUCCGGAGAUGCCGUUGAGUUUAGCGAUUGCUUUGAAUCUGAGUCACAAUCUUUUUCAAGGGCCUAUACCAAUUAGUCUUUCUAGUUUAACUUCAUUGGAAGUUUUGGAUCUCUCUUACAACAGGUUGUCGGGUCAGAUUCCCAACUUCCUGACUAAAAUGGGAGGCUUGACUAUUUUGGUGCUUUCGAACAAUCAACUCUCAGGAGUUGUUCCAUCGUUUGGAGGCUUUGUCAAUGUUGAUACAAGUGGAAAUAGGGAUCUGAUCUAUCCUUCCCCGGUUGCAAAAUUGGAAUACAAUAAGAAAAAGGCAAAGACAUUGUCAUCAACCAUAGUCCUCCUCCUCUUUGUUUUAGGUGGCUUUGCUUUUGGUAUAUCUGCAAAAAUUUGUAUCCAGUACGUUGUUUUAAAUAGCCUUCACAUCCAGUACGUUUGUUGGAUCACUGAUGAUAGCCUCCACAGGUCUCAAAUCAAAUUCUCCAAGGCCAUGGCUUCAAUUUCUAGGCCAAUUAACAUUAUCCAAAGCAAUGAGUUCUACGCAUACUACAAGGUUAUGAUGCCUUGUGGUUUGUACUAUUGCAUCAAGAAGAUUACAAGGAAGAGCAAGUCAUACAACUUGCAUAGCUUUGGAAGUCUCAAACAAGGGCUUGUUAGUAUAGGCCACCUUGGAAAUUACACCAUGGCCCCCCUUGCUUAUGUUGAGGAAUCUGAUACAGCAUGUAUCAUUUAUGAAUACCCUCAGCAUGGGACACUCUUUGACCUCCUUCAUGGAAGAUGUAGUGACAGUGUUUUAGACUGGAAAACUCGUUUUGCCAUAGCAGUUGGCAUCUGUAGAGGUUUGGCUAUCCUACAUGGAGGCUCUCUCUUCAGCGAUCCGAUCAUCCUCCUCCAUGUUUCAACAAGCAGCAUCUUUAUGAAACAUUUGGACCAGCCCUUAAUCGGAGAUAUUGAGCUUGAGAGGGCAUUUAAUUCUUCACAAUUUGCUGUAGCAGUGGGAUAUGUUCCUCCAGAAUAUGCAUAUGUGAUGAGAGUGACUGAGGCAGGUAACAUGUACAGCUUUGGGGUAAUAAUGCUUGAGCUGCUAACUGGAAAACCAGCCAUUAGUGAAGGAACAGAAUUGGCUAAGUGGAUUAUCCAGCAUGAAAAUAUUGGUGAAGUUCUUGACAGCAGAGUGAGUGGAAAUUCUGUUCAAGUUCAUCAACAAAUGCUUUUAGUGCUUGAACUUGCUUUGCAGUGCUUAAGUAUCUCUCCAAGUGAAAGACCCGAUGCCAAAGAACUACUAGAGACAUUGCUACUUUUGGGCCAACAAUUUGGUAUUUAAUCCCACAUAUUCUAGCGUCGUGUCCUACCUCAUGUCCUUAUUAUCUGUCUUCUAAGAUUUUUGUACACCUUUUAAGAAAGACAUUAAUAGCGUUAAUCAUAAGAAUGUUUAUACCUCAUUGGGUGUGAGUAAAAUCUUACCACCUUCCUAUUGGUUGGGAGGUAGGGGAAUACGAGGAACUAAUGCAAUGAGAGAGUUGAUUGCUUAGAUGGUUAUGUAACUUUGGCUAAUUGGCUA